CUUCAAUACGCACCCGCAGGCAAAAAGCAGGCGGUCGGCGGCGGGUGUUGUCGUUGAACACUGUUUAUUGUCAUUGAUGUGUGUUUAUAUUUUGAAUGUCUCCAUGAUGUUAUCAUAUGUUUAAUGACCAUACACGCAAUGAUCGCCAAUGGCCUCCCGUAACAAGUUCGUAGAAACGCAAAACCCAUAAAAUCGUCGUUUCUUGACUGUCACAAGGAAUCUGUCAGCAUGGAACGAGGAAAAGGGAUGUCUGGUCGGGGCGGCAAAGGCAAACCUAAUUACAACUACCCUGUUAACGUGUUUGCUCUUGGCUCUAAAGCACCAUCAAGAGUAGAUUCAGGAGACUCCAAGCGCCCAUCUCAACCGCAUCCUAAACCUGGAUCUAGUCAUGGUUUGCCAGGACCUACUGACAGGAAAAGAGAAGCUGCACCUUCUAGUAUGUCCAUGUUGGCAAAAAAACCCAAAAUAGUUCCAAGCGUUGGUGCAAUUCAUAGAGGUGGUGCUGGCCCUGGUCCUUCAGUUAGUGCUCCUCUGAUUCCGGGAGCUGAUGUGUGGGAAACAAUCGCCAUUGAUACAGAAGCUUCUGAACUUGUAGCAGAAGUCCUAAAAUCUAAUGAUUUAGGACAAACAGAUAAAGUGGUUGGACAGAUAUGUGGUGCCUUAAGGGCAAUCAAAAUUCAAAGGGGAAAACUGGAUCCUUGCCUCUAUUUGAGUCUACUUUACUUGGGAAAAAUUCGUCCAUCACUAAUGGCUAUUGAACCAGUACCACAAGCAUUGUGCUCACUGUUACGGAGAGAUGUUACCUUAGGAAUGAAAAACAAAAGCAACCCUUUAGUUCCCAUUUUAGUGACAGGGCUGUUAAUGCGAGCAUUCAAUGAGAAUAAGCAUUGGCCUGACACCUUUGUAAAACUUUACAUUGAAGAUGCAGUGAAUGAGCGGGUGUGGGUUGAUAUGGAGGAAUGCAAAGGAUUUGUAGAUAAUGUUGUCACAGCAUUCAAUACCAAACACCCAACUAAAUCUCAGCUGCCUCCAGAUUUGGGUCUAGUUCCACCUAAUGUAGCUGGAUUGAGCAGUACAUGUUCAUCUCCCUCUUCGGCUAUGGGUGAUGAUGAUGACAUAAAGGAUAUAAAAGAAGAGCUUGGUUUGAACAUCACCGACAACAAGCAUGAAUUUCCUGUCAUGCCAAGAUACAAUGGCUCGUAUGAUGUUGUGGAAUCUAUUGUCACAGAAGCUAUCAAAGAACAAUUACUUCGACGCCAACCUCCAGAAAACACCACUAGAAAUUUUUUGAGAAUGUUAUCUGCAACUUGUGGUCUUGUGGAAGUUAGACUUAAUGCAACACAGCGGCUUGAAAUGUGGCUCCAGAAUCCUAAGUUGACAAGACCAGCUCAAGAGCUGCUUAUGUAUGUUUGUGUUAAUUGCAGCACUCAUACUCAACGUGAUAUUGAAGUCAUGAGUAAUAUCAUAAAGAUAAGGCUAAAGACCAAAGCACUCAUAAAUUUUUAUCUGUCAAGCAUUAAAGAACUUGUUAAUGCAAACCCUGAGAAUUUAAGUUCUCUCAUGAAGCACACUGUCUACAAUGAAUUAUCAAAUGCUCGUAAUUCAAAUAACAUGGCUGUAAUCACAACAAUGUUUCAAAUCUCCCCAGAAAAUGCUCCCAUUUUAUUAGCGCAUGUACUUCAGGAAAUUCUUAUGAAUAGGGAGGACUUCCACCGAGCUCUAAGAGGAUUCUUACGUGAACUAACUCGUAAUUUAAGACACGAUUUAGAUAUCAAUUCAUUUUGUCGAGCCCUUAUGUCUGACGCUCCUGAGCACAAAACCACUUUCCGAGACUUUGACUUUAAGGAACGCAUGUAUGUGGUCAUUGUAGAUCUUGUUUGUCUGUGUGUUUUUCUUGCAAUCUCGCCAUCUGUUAAAGAGGCGGCUAGCCAUGUAGCCAAGGGUGACAAAAAAGACAUAGGAAUCUAUCAGAACUUCCAAAUGACUAUUGCAAAAAUUCAGCAGGAUGCAAUGUGGUGGCAUCAUGAAAUUGUGCUUCGUUUGUACAGACCAACUCAACUUGAAUAUGUUCUUGGUAUUCACAAGAUCAUGUUUAUGGGUCAAGCUGAACACUAUUAUAAAGUUGACAACUGGCCUCAAGAAGCUGAUCGCCUUAGCCUGCUACGUUUGGCAUCUGAAAUUCCCCUUCUUCAACACACAUUGAUGCGAAUCCUUUUAAUAGGUCUCUCUAAGGAUCAUCCAAUUAGUCCUCAAGAGACAAUGGAUCUAUCAGAUCAAUUGCUGAAAAGAGCCUCAGGUCUUAGCUCUGAAGGAAGCAAUAUGCUUGAGGCUAAUAAGGUGGAAAUAAUUGAUCUGAUUUUCAACCUGAGCACUUAUCAUUACCCAGAAAAUAUAAUUUUGCCAAAAGGGUACACACCUCCUCAACUAGCCAUUUCUAAUGUUUAUUGGAAGGCUUGGAUUAUGUUAUUAUUACUUGCCACACACAACCCUACAACUUUUGGAAGAGUUGCAUGGGAGAAGUACCCUACUCUAAGGGCAUUUAUGGAAAUGUGUAUUACUAAUCAUUUUGUUUAUCCUCCUCCUUCCUUGGGUGAACAUGGAGAUGAACUUAGAGCAAGAGAAUUCCAGCUUGUCCAAUUGGAAAAGCAGCAAAUUUUAGAAUUUGAGUCCCAUCUUGCCGCUCAGUCAACCAAAGUUACUAUCACUGAGCACACUAGUCUACUCCUAUCACAACUUAUCACGAUGGACCCGUCCGGUCAUCCGCGAAGGCCUCCUCAAUUAGUCUUGGAUCAGCUGCGCUCUCUCAAUGAAUCUCACCGGAUGGGCCACCGUCUGUGUCGCUGCCGAAGUCCAGACUUCUUAGUUGACAUUAUACAAAGACAAGGUGCCUCUCAUUCCAUGCCAUGGUUGGCUGAUUUGGUUGAGAGUUCUGAGGGCGCCUUGAGCCACCUUCCAGUGCAAUGCUUGUGUGAGUUUCUUUUAAGUUCAACAGUCGACAAACAAAACAAACAGCAGCAACUUAUUAGCCAUUUAAGGUCUGUACUAAUGGAUCCAAACCAGGAUCCAAAUGCCCCUUGUGAAGUUUUGGAAUAUUUUUUGCGUCGUCUGCAUUCCAUGCAGUCAGCUAGCCGCCUGCAGGCUAUCAAGGGAUUGCAACUUGUUAUGUCACCUUUAGAAGAUGAGGCAUUAGUAAUGGAUGUUGAUGGGAUAGAUCGAGAACAUUCAUGGCUGUUACGUCAUUUGCCUCAGAUACCUCAUUUUGAGUUAGCUCGACCGCAGGUUGUUCAAGCUCUACGUGCAGCAUGCCAAGUGGAAAAUGAAACCAUUCUUGUUGGAGCUUACAUUCAUUUCCUAUCUCAGUACGCUAUAGAUGACAGCCUACCAUUAAUGACAGAUUUAACUCUUGAUAUGGCAACAUUAAUUGUUGAAAGAUGCACCAUAAUGUCUGCAUUAGUUCCUUUUAAAGGGUCACGUAAUAAUGAGACCCUAAUAAAUUUAAUGAAAAUAUUCCAUAAGUAUCUUGCAAAGGCAAGGGAACCAAGAAGAGAACCACCAGCCGCAUGGUCAGAGAGCCAAGAUAUCUUAGUAACUUGGAGCAAUGGUGUUGAAUCUACAAUGCACAUCCUUGUAGUCCAUGCAAUGGUGAUUUUAUUAUCAUUUGGACCAUGCAGUGACAGAUCCACUUUUGAUGAGCUCUUAGAAGCUUGGUUUCCCAAGAAUGGCCAGUACCCAAAGGCAUACCUUAUUGAUACAUCAGAAGAAGCUCUUUUGUAUCCAGAUUGGCUAAAGCUUAGAAUGAUUCGGUCAGAAGUCGAAGUUCUUGUUGAAGCUGCUCUUGGUGACUUAGAACCAAGGGAUCUAGUUCUUUUCAUUCAGUCAUUUGGUAUUCCUGUGGAAUCAAUGAGCAAGCUGCUUGCUGCUUUGGACUCAUGUGUUCUUCUUGAUGACGCUGCAGUUGCAACAGCAGUUAUAGAUAAAGUAUAUAUGGCACAGCUUGUUGCUGUGCAGCGACAAAGAGGUGCGACUGCUGGUCACAUGUUUGUUCAAGUUCUUCAGUUACAUGAGCCUGUGUUACCAGUGGCCUUAGAACCUCCAACCACAAGUCGUCAGAAUAUUUUUCCUAUUGGAUCACCAGUUGCAGUUGGGCGUCAGCUAUUGCAGCCACAGGACGUUCGUUCCCGCUUAGAUGAAAUCUUUUUGGCACAAGUUGAUCGCUCCGUGAAAGUUUCUUCGUGCAAAUUGUUGCAGUUGACUCUUGCUGUUGAACUUGAGCAAAGCCCAGCUGAAGGCAGAGUUUUGGCAGCUACUGCUGAAUACUUUCAUUCAGCAUUUGCUUCAACUGUGGCAACAUAUCUGAUAUCUUCCCUGUUUGCAGCACCUCAAUUAUCUUGUCCUCUCUUUCGUAUCAUAACGGCCAACAAGAAUGUUGCUGACUAUCCUCCAGCUAUUCUGCAGCAGUUUUUACAUAUUGCUAAAGCUAUGCUGCAAAAUGAAUUACCUCCAAAAUCUCCAUUAACAGCUAUUCUAAAGCAUUUUGUUCAAAAAUAUGACAAUGGAGUGUCCAAUGUUGUUGUACCUUUAGGUGCUAACAAAUCUGUUGUGAAAAAAGAAUGCCAGACAACAAAAGAUAUUGUACAGUCUGUCACAUGCGCUCUCAUUUCCAAAUCACCAUCAGAUUCUAUAAACACGGGCUUACUUAUAGACAAACUAGUGUCCAUGGAACCAGAGCUUAUAGGAUCUUGUCCCAAGCUUCAGUUGCAACUUUUGUUUGGACGUUCAACAACAACAAUGUCCUGCCGUCCCUACCUAUUGACACUUCUCAUUCACAGAGCUAGUUGGGCUACAUUACAUAGAGUGGUUAAGCAUCUGCUUUCAUCUGCUGAGCCUGAGUAUGAGCCUACAGCUGUUUUAGAUUUCCUCUGGGCUCUUACAAGUAACCCUAAGCUAUGGCAAGGGAGAGAAAAGAAUACUCCCAAACACGCCAUACCGGAGAAUGUACUUUGUCUUUCUGUCAUUCAGCUACAAAGUGUUGUCACUUACAUUGUUGAAGAGGCUGCCCAAGACAGUGGCGAUUCUCUUGAAUCUCGCCUCCCUUUGCUUCUUCAGUGCACUGAGGAGAAUGUAGAACUUGUUGCCCGAAUUGUAAAACAUUUACUGAAUAUUGCCACAAAUGAUGCAUUCAAAGGUGUCAAAUCGGACAUGGCACAUCAGUUCCUCCUGAGAUUAUACUUUAAAAUACCAGGUCUGAUCAAAUACCUUGUGGAUAUUGAGACAGACAAAUUCCUUGAGAAAGCUUCAGCUACAGAAAAUGCAACCAGUGUCUUAGAUCGUAUGUCCCACCUACUCCUAACUGCACUUGCUGCCACUCCCAUGGGAAAAGAAGCACCUCGUAGGUCUCAAGAGUUUGAGCUUGCUGCCCGCAAAAUGGCCUCAGUUCAUCCUGCUCUAGUGCUUAGGCAACUACCCAUGGUAGCAUCCUCUUUACGAGGACGCGCUCUUCUGGACUACCAUGUUUUCCGAAAUAGAAAUCAUCUGGCCUAUUUUCAACACAUUUUGGGUAUUCUUGAGUUGCUCCAACCAUAUCUAUUUCAUAGGCAGCAUUCAUGUGCCCUACAUGACACUCUUGAUUCCUAUUUCUCUCUUUUUCGGAACUAUGGAAUGACUAAAGAUAUCAGCCAGAUAUUAAAUAGAACUAUUACUCUAAUGUUGGCAUAUGUCUCUCAUGAUGCUACCCUAGCUGUAAGGUACCUUCAAACUCAUGCCAAUCUACUAAGGGAGUUGCAGCACAGACAGCCUCAGUUGAGUAGUUUGUGUGUUCUAAUAUCAGGAGUUUCAAUGCCUCGAGAAUCUAUUGAGGAAUCAAGUAUUGAUGGGGGUGAAAAGGAGUCUGACGGCGAGGUAUUAGUUCCCGUGGCAGCUCCUCCUAUACAACAGGAAGUGGACUGGAGACCAUUACUUCAACGUCUUGAGCAGGCUGAGGGGGAGGAAGUCACUUCAGCUCUACAAGAUGUAGAAAGCGCAUCUUACCGCCAACCUGGAAUUUUGAGAAAUUUUGUGGAGCCAAUCGGUGCUCUUCUAUUAUCUCCCUCCAGUAUAAUAAGAAAUCUAUCACAUACCCUAUUGGCAAGAUUCUGGAAGCAUGAUCCAUCAGCUGCUGCUGGGGGAUCAGCCUUACGUCUCAUCUCUAAAUGUUUAGACAGUAAUCAACCUGAAGUAGUACAAACAGCCAUGGACCGUCUGCCAGAUGUUGUCCUGUCUAUUCAAGAGGAUGCUGUUCCCCUCCUCCAGAAAGUUUUUGCCCUGGGUAUGUGCUCAAACAUUAACACUAUGCAGUACUUGUCGAAGGCCUUAAGCCUUCUAAAUAUCCAGUCAGGGUCAUGACAAAAAAUAGUCAGACCUUGUGUUUGUCCUGCACUGUCUAUCGAGCUAGGAUAAAUAAUAUUUUGUUUUGCUGUUCAUUAUUGUAUAUAUGUACAUUUUAGAUGUCUACAUAGUUAUUUCAAAUAAAUGGUCCUAUUUUGA